CAGAAUUACAUUGCUUUGGCGCGAUAUCCAAACAAGUUUGAAAAGCUGCGGGUUCAAACAGCUUGUAGGCGGCGGAGAGAGAGCAGAGCACUAUACCGUCUUCACAGGUCCUCACUGUGGCUAAAGGGACUGCAGCCGGCACAGGGAUGUCGUGGGACUUUUUUGUGCCCGUGUUCUCGGGUGACCUGGUGAAGACUGGUGGGAUCAACCAGUACGUGGUUCAGGAUGUGGUGUCCCCAAAACAGCUGCCACCCUACCUCAGUAAAUUUAAGGCAGCAUUGAGAAACCAGGGUCCUUUGUGUAUAUUGGAACACUUUGACACAGGCUACAGCGUGCUACAGCACUGCAGCUCAGUGGACCUGGCUGUGAAAGAAGAUACUCUGGAGUUACUAGUACAAGUGGUUAGUGGCCUGGCUGCUUCCUUGCCAGCUCUUCUCCUCUCCACCUCCGUCUCAGCUGCAGAGCGUAAAGAGAAACUUAAUGCAGUUAAGAUGAGUGUCUACCUGCUCUGCAAACUCACAGAGAUCUUUGAGAGUGACUCCUAUAGACAGAGUAUUGUCACGGCACCUGGGAAGGGUGGUAAAAAAGGCAAAGGUGGUGGAGAAGGACUGCUGCAAUGGGACUCUGAGAGAGAGGCGGUGCUGCAGGCCCUCAUCCAGCUCCUCCAGCUGGAUAUCCAUUCCCUCUGGAGCCUCUCCCUGGUGGAGGAAGAGUUUGUCAGCUGUGUGACCUGCUGCUGCUAUAAACUACUUGAGAACCCAACCAUCAGCCAUGUCAAGAGCAAACCCACCAGAGAUGGUAUAAUCCACCUACUGGGGGUGCUAAUCAAGAAGUACAACCACCUCCUGGGUGCAAGUGUAAAGGUGAUCCAGUUGCUGCAACACUUUGAGCAGUUGUCAACCGUGUUUGCCCAGGCAGUGUUUGUGUGGGUCACAGAGUAUGGAGCCAGGGCAAUCAUAGGAGAAGUCAUAAGGGAGAUUGGUCAGAGGUCAAGUGAGGAGCUCGCUAGAGAGGCGUCAGGGGUCAAAGCUUUGGCUUCCUUCAUCGCGGAACUCGGUGCCCUGGUGCCUGAAUUAGUGAUCCCCAACAUUAGUGUGCUCAUCACACACCUGGAAGGAGAGAGCAACACCAUGCGUGUCGCUGUGUGUGAGGUGCUGGGAGAAAUCCUUGUGCGGGUCCUGUGUGGCGACGGGCUCGACGAGUCCGGCAAAGCUGACCGCGACCGCUUCUUUGACACACUGCAGGAACAUCUGCAUGACACGCAUUCCCAUGUCAGGGCGCGUGUGUUGCAGGUCUACGCACGCAUAGUGAACAGCAAAGCACUGCCCCUGUGUAAGUACAGUGAGGUGAUGGAGCUCGCUGUGGGACGACUGAUGGACAAAUCUAUAAAUGCGGUGAAGAGUGCCAUCCAGCUGUUGGCAGCAUUCAUCGCACACAACCCCUAUAGCUGCAAGCUGAGCAGUGCAGAUCUGAAGAAACCGCUGGAUAAAGAGACCACUAAACUCAGAGAGAUGAAAGAGAAACUGGAGGGAAAAGCCCCAGUGGCAGUGAUUAAAGCCAGUGAGCUGUGGGCCGCGAUGGAGCCUGAGCUGCUUGUCACUGUCAGGACAGAGCUGGAGCCCACAAGUGAAGAAGAGAAGGAGGAGGAGGAGGACAGGGAUGUGGAGGAAGACAAGGAGGCAGAAGACGACAGAGCAACUGCAGUGAAGGUUGCUCAGUACCUCCGUGUCAACAAAUACAGGAAUGCGGUGCGUCUUUGUAUAAGAGCCCACAGCUGCUUCCCUGAAUCUGAGAUGUUUGCUUCUCUGUCCACUCUCACCCCUGAGACUUUAUUGGACACACUGGCUCUGAUAUUCAAAGGCUCUGACGAGGACGCCUCUGAGCUCAGCCAGAACUGUCCACCAACCCCGCAGAAAGAGGCAGAGAAGGAGGGGGAGGAUGGGGAGCUGAAGAAGCAGGAGAUGUUAGUGCAGUACCUCAAAGACACGGAAACCUUCGCCUUACAAGUGGAGAGAGCAAUAUCUGUCAUUAACACCAUGCUCUACUGGAAAACCACUUCAGUGGUCCAGGAGGCUGUGCAGUUUUGUGUGACUGUAUGCGAGUUCAGCGUUGCCAACUCGGUCAGUGGGGUGAGGAAGAUGUUGCCUCUGGUGUGGUCAACUGACGCUGCCAUUAAAGAUGCUGUCGUUCAGGCCUACAAGCGCCUGUAUCUGAACCCUCAGGGAGACACCAUCAGGACGAAAGCCCACACUCUUGUUGACAGUCUCUCUGAGCUGAUGGUGGAUGCAUCUCUAGGAACAAUCCAGUGUCUCGAAGAAAUAGUGCAGGAGUUCUUUGGCAGUGACAGCAAUCUCCAGUCCACUGUAGUGCAGGUCUUGUGGGAGAGGUUUACAGGCAAACGAGAAACUUCUGGCUUACACAGGCGAGCUGCAGUGUUACUGCUGGGCAUGGCUGCACGGGCAGAGAGGGAGGUGGUCCUCAGUAAUCUGGACACUCUUUGUUCCGUGGCUCUGGGAGAAAAAGUGACUGAAGACUUUCUUCUGGCUAGAGACACAGUUAUCACCAUCUGCAGCAUCACGGACCACGUCAGGCAAUCAAAAGGUGCUCCAUUCAGACUGCCACAGGACCAUCAGCUCUUCACCUGCCUCACUCAGGCCAUCGCUGAAGGUGUGGUGAUGGAAGACCCUUACUGGCACAGCUUCAUGGAGCAGGCUGUCCGUCUCCUCUACUUCCUGUCUGAAUCCCCUGACCAACUGUGCUCCCGGCUGCUCCAGCGCAGCGCUCGCCUCUUACUAGAUCAGAUUGCAGAAGGUGGCGAACUCAACAAGGAUGCUGUCCAAACGCAAGAAGGAUCUCAAGAGUCCAGUGAGCAAGGUGAACAAGUGAACUGUGUGUGUCUGGCCCAGCUGUUGGCUCUGUGUGGCUGCGUGGCUUUCUGGCAGGUGUCUCACCUUGAGCGCAGUGUGAGCGCUGAGCUGCGGAGGAGGAGAGGCGAGACGGAGGAGAGAGAGGAGAAGGAAAAGGGCCCAUCCAGCAAAGCUAAGCAAGCGGCCAAUGAGAGCGCCAUGGAGGAGGAGCUGGGGCUGAUGGGUGCCUCUGCAGAAGAUACGGAGGCUGAACUCAUCAGAAAGAUCUGCGAGACUGAAUUACUGGCUGAGGAGAACCUGCUGUGUUCAUUCCUUCCCCUGCUGGUUAGAGUCUGCAGCUCUCCAGGACGCUAUUCCCACCCACAGCUCACCACUGCUGCCAGUCUGGCGCUCUCUCAGUACAUGAUGAUAAGCCCAUCGGUGUGUGAAGAAAACAUCCGUCUCAUGUUUACGGUGCUGGAGCGCUCCGCUCUUCCUGUGGUCAGGGCAAAUGCCAUAAUAGCCCUGGGAGAUCUCACCGUCCGUUUUCCAAACAUUUUGGAGCCCUGGACACAGAAUCUCUAUGCCAGACUCAGUGACGAGGUUCCUUCAGUACGGCAGACAGCUGUGACAGUUCUUACUCAGCUGGUGCUUAAGGAUGUGCUGAAGGUUAAAGGUCAAGUCAGCGAGGUGGCUGUGCUGCUAAUUGACCCUGAGCCUCAUAUUACCAGCCUGGCCCUGAACUUCUUCAAUGAGCUGGCCACCAAGGACAAUGCAAUCUACAACCUGCUCCCAGAUAUCAUCAGUCGCCUGUCUGACCCAGAGAGAGGUAUGACCUCGGAGGACUUCAACACCAUCAUGAAACAGCUGUUCUCCUACAUCACCAAGGAAAGACAGACCGAGUCUCUAGUAGAGAAACUAUGUCAGCGCUUUAGGACUGCCAAGACGGAGCGUCAGUGGUGUGACUUGGCCAUGUCUCUGUCUCUGCUGUCCAUGUGUGAGCGCGGAUUCAAGAGGCUGCAGGAAUGCUGGGAGUGUUACAGCGACAAGUUAACCGAGCUUGGAGUCUACCAGCCUCUGCUCUCCAUCACCGCCAAGCUCCGCCGCGGGGCCAAAGUCCAGUUCAAGGCCCAGGUAGAUGAGUUUGAGAAGCGGCUGACUGCAGUUCACACACGGGGGCUGGAGAAUGUGGAAAGUCCUGAGAUGGAUGAGGAGAACCCAAAAGAAGGAGGAUCCUCUGAGAAGACAGUCAUGCGCACACCUCUGCCCGCCAGAGGCCGUACGAGGACAAAGAGAGGUCAAGCAAAGGCAUCAGUUUCUGGCCACGGCGAUGACAGUUUUGUGACGCCUCAGAAAUCUCGCAAGUCCAAGAAACCUGUGAUCACCUUCAGCAGUGAUGAAGAGGAGGAUGAAGAGGAUGCUGUAAUGGCGGAGAGUGAGACCCCUAAAGUGACGACACCCAUCGCCCGCACAUCCCGACGAGCUCGCCUCAGAAACUGAUCUGUCUUCUGUUGUUUUGUCUUAUUUCUGUGUCUCUUCCUUUUAAUCUUUUAUCUGAAAUGAUGCUCUGCAUUUUUACUUUUUAAUCUUUUUACUUUUUAAUCUUUUUGUAUAUUUUUUUAAAGAUAUUGAUCCUUUAAAGUAGUCUAAUAAUGUAUAAUGAUAAAGAAUCAAGACGUCUUUUAAUAAACCUGGUUCUGGUUUUGAUAAGAA